GGAUCAUAAAAGUUGAAAAGUAAAGUGGACCCAGUAGGUUCACAAUAGUCAACAGUGGCUUAUGUUUAAUGUUAAACAACUUAUGGCUGCUUGCUUCACUUUCCUCUUCCUCUCCAUCACAUACCUGUUCAUCAAUUCCUUCCUUUCAGGUCAAAACAGACCAUCAUAUCCAUGAGUAGAGACAUAGACACAUAUGAUCAUUAUCAUCUAAACGGCCGUGUACCAGUUGAUAUACCGGAGAAUUUGAAAGAAUUCUUGCCUCAAGAUGAAGAAGGUCUUAGUUAUGAAGAAGUUAUCUUGCAACAGGCAUGCGUCUAUCAUUCGUAUCAAGAAUGUGUAGCAAACAGGGCUGUGGGUACUAAUGAUGAUGAUGGUGACGAUGAUGAUGAAUCGAGUUCGUCGGAAGAUGAGGGUGAAUCCUCAAGUGUGAUUUCACAAGAAGCCAUGGAUGAAGCUUUUGCUAGAUCCUUACAGGAGUUAGGGGAGGAGUUUGAUGAGUUCUUCAUAGCGGAAUUCAAUGCUACUCCGGAUUUGAACCAAGACGAUAUUGAUCCUUCUAAUAUGCGAUACGAGGAAUUGUUGAACCUAACUGAAGCAGUUGGUGUGGAGAACGUAGGGUUAUCCGCAGCGCAUAUUUCGCAGUUACCAGUCACCAUCUACACAUCAGGAGUGUUUUCGAAUCACCCGGAAGAAACAUUUAGGUGCGUGAUAUGUCAAGAGAAUUUCAAAUUUGGGAAACGCAUAAUCACAUUGCCUUGUGUUCAUCAAUAUCAUAGGAAAUGCAUCGUCAAAUGGUUAAAGAAUAAAAAGAACUGCCCUGUUUGUCAAAAGGAGGUGGUUUAAGAUUUCAUCCUUGAAGCCAACACCUAUGAGAGGGGUUUGAGUUUGACAACGAACAUCAUCGUGUUAAGGAUUGACUCAACACUAUGUUUUUGAUUAAAUCUCGUUACAUUUUUCUUGUGUAUUUUGGUCUAGAGAGAUUUAUAUAAGGGACAUCUAAGUUUGUGACUGAUUUGGUUGUUUAGUUACCAUACCAUCCAUCUAUCACUCUUUUAUCUAUUUUGCAUCAAAGAAAGAAAUGUACAUUUGGUAUUCAAUCUUGAAAUUA